UAGCGAAGUGCAGUUGAAGGAUAAAAUGGGUUGCAUAGAAAAAACUAGAAACAAAGUACAAUGGUUGAAGUUGGAGUGGAAACUGCUUAAACUAUUAGAUCGCUGAUACUCAACUUGAUCUGAGCAUAAGAAAAAAGGAAAUAAUAUUGAGCCGAAUGGAACGUGAAUAGCUAUUCGGGGACAUUCCAGGAAAGAAGAAGUCACAAAAGCAACAACAACCAUGCAACAAAGCGAUCGAACAAAUAUAAACAAGAGCUAACUCUGGCAGAGAAAGGCAACUUGACGUUUAAGAACAUUUCAAAAUAUCAAGAGAUAAAAAAAAUCUAUUAAAAACGAUUACACUUCACGUAAACUUAAAGGUGGUUUCAAUAAAACAAUUGUGAUUCCCAAUAAAUCUUUCGUGCUGGCGCAAAUGCAGCUAGUGCUCUCUUCACGAGGCGCAGGCCUAGUCGUGGCCGAGGCUGGGUUAUUCACCAUCCUUUGGAUAGCCAUGCUUAUUGGGAACGGAGUGACGGUGUACAUAGUGCUGAGAAAUCCCCGGUUACGGACGGUACCUAACCUCUUCGUGGUAUCUCUAGCACUCUCUGACAUAGGUCUUGGUGUUCUAUCUAUGCCAUUAUGUACCUCGGUCCUUGUCACUUCUAGAUGGUUAUUUGGCCAUGUAUCCUGCCAAUACCAAGGGUUCGUGGCUGGGAUGAUGGCUUUGACAUCCACACAGACUCUUGCGCUGACCUCGGUUAACCGGUACUUCCGCAUGGUAAAACCCAACGUAGUACCGCACGUACUUCACCACGCGAUCCACCAUCACCCUUAUAAAUUGUUCCUGGUUAUCUCCAUUCUGGCGCCGGUACCCUACCUGGCAUCUGGGUCUCUGAUGGUGUUCCAUCCUGGCAAGUUCUACUGCUACUUGCACAUCAACGCCGGCUGGUACCUCGCGUUUGUUGGGACCUUCUUUGUGGGAAUACCCAACAGCAUUAUCAUGUUCUGCUAUUACAAGAUCUUCAUCACUGUCAGGGCGCACGAGAAUCGUGUCCAAAAACACGAGAAAUAACCCUAAAAGCGUGAGUGUGGAAGAGAUCAAGAUAAUCCACACACUCUUCAUGGUGGUCAUGUUCUUUAUGUUCUGCUGGACACCCAUCUUUGUCAUCGAUCUCGUGGACACUUUUCGUGGUUACUGGUCACUUAACAG